AUGGGAACCGGAGUCCCCGCCUCGGAGCAGACCGGCUGUGCCAAAGGGGACCCACGGGUUUACUGCCCUAACGACACAGGAGACUCUGAGGCCGUGCAGGUUACUGACUGCGAGAGCCCCGAGGACAGCCGAUCCCAAAAUGAGCUGGGCUACAGCAAUCCGGAGGACCCUGGGCAGCUGAUGGCUUCCUACGAGGGGCAAGCUGAGGGCUACCAGGUGCCUUCCUUUGGCUGGCGCAUCUGCUUGGCUCACGAGUUUGCUGAGAAGAGGAAACCCUUUAAUGCCAAUGACAUCUCCCUCAGCAACCUGAUAAAGCAUCUGGGCAUGGGCUUGAGGUACUUGCAGUGGUGGUACCGGAAGACUCAGGUGGAGAAGAAGAAACCUUUCAUCGACCUCAUCAACAGUGUACCCCUGAGACAGAUCUAUGGUUGUCCCUUGGGGGGCAUCGGGGGAGGCACCAUAACCCGAGGCUGGCGAGGCCAGUUCUGUCGUUGGCAGCUUAAUCCUGGAAUGUACCAGCACCGGACAGUCAUUGCUGACCAAUUCACAGUGUGCUUGCGUCGGGAAGGGCAGACUGUGUACCAGCAAGUCCUGUCCGUGGAGCGCCCAAGUGUCUUGCGCAGCUGGAACUGGGGCCUGUGUGGGUUCUUUGCAUUCUACCAUGCCCUGUAUCCCCGAGCUUGGACUGUCUAUCAGCUUCCUGGCCAGAAUGUCACCCUCACCUGCCGCCAGAUCACACCCAUCUUGCCCCAUGACUACCAGGACAGCAGUCUGCCUGUAGGAGUCUUUGUGUGGGACGUGGAAAACGGAGGCGAUGAAGCCCUGGAUGUGUCCAUCAUGUUCUCCAUGCGGAAUGGCCUGGGAGGUCGGGACGAUGCCUCAGGGGGUUUGUGGAAUGAGCCCUUCUGUCUGGAGCGAAACGGGGAGACCAUCCGGGGGCUGCUGCUGCAUCAUCCGACCCUUCCAAAUCCCUACACGAUGGCUGUGGCUGCACGACUCACGGCAGACACGACGGUAACCCACGUCACAGCUUUUGACCCUGACGGCACUGGGCAGCAGGUGUGGCAGGAUCUACUUCAGGAUGGACAGCUGGACUCCCCUGCUGGUCCAAGCACCCUCUCGCAGAAAGGGGAAGGCAUCGCUGGGGCUGUGUGUGUUACGAGUAAGCUGCCACCUCGAGGCCGGUGCUGCCUGGAGUUCUCACUGGCCUGGGACAUGCCCAGAAUCACGUUUGGAGGUCAGGGCCAGGUCUACCACAGGCGAUACACAAGGUUCUUUGGCUCAGAUGGUGAUGCGGCACCCGCCCUCAGUCACUAUGCACUGUGCCAAUACCCAGACUGGGAAGAGAGGAUCUCAGCUUGGCAGAGCCCAGUAUUGGAUGACAGGUCCUUGCCUGCCUGGUACAAAUCUGCACUCUUCAAUGAACUAUACUUCCUGGCUGAUGGAGGCACAGUGUGGCUGGAAGUUCCUGAGGACUCCCUGCCGGAGGAGCUGGGAGGGAGCAUGUGUCAGCUCCGCCCCCUCCUCACGGAGUAUGGUCGAUUUGGCUACCUUGAAGGCCAGGAAUAUCGCAUGUAUAACACAUACGAUGUCCACUUCUACGCUUCCUUCGCCCUCAUCAUGCUAUGGCCCAAACUCGAACUCAGCCUGCAGUAUGACAUGGCCCUGGCCACACUUGGGGAAGACCUAACAUGUCGACGGUACCUGAUGAGUGGGGUAAUGGCGCCUGUGAAAAGGAGGAACGUCAUCCCCCAUGAUAUUGGGGACCCAGAUGACGAGCCAUGGCUCCGGGUCAAUGCGUAUGUGAUCCAUGACACUGCUGACUGGAAGGACCUGAAUUUGAAGUUUGUGCUGCAGGUUUAUCGGGACUUUUACCUGACAGGGGACCAGGGCUUCCUGAGGGACAUGUGGCCUGUGUGUCUGGCCGUGAUGGAGUCUGAAAUGAAGUUUGACAAGGACCAAGAUGGACUCAUUGAAAAUGGAGGCUAUGCAGACCAGACCUACGAUGCUUGGGUCACCACAGGCCCCAGUGCUUACUGUGGAGGACUGUGGCUGGCAGCUGUGGCUGUGAUGGUCCGGAUGGCUGCUCUGUGUGGGACACAGGACAUUCAAGAUAAGUUUUCUUCCAUCCUUAGCCGGGGCCAGCAAGCCUAUGAGAGGCUGCUAUGGAAUGGCCGCUAUUACAACUAUGAUUGCAGCUCUCUGCCUCAAUCCUGUAGCAUCAUGUCUGACCAGUGUGCUGGCCAGUGGUUCCUGAGGGCUAGUGGCCUAGGAGAAGGAGAAACUGAGGUAUUUCCUACCCAACACGUGGUUCGUGCUCUCCAGACUAUCUUUGAGCUCAAUGUCCAGGCCUUUGCAGGAGGGACCAUGGGGGCCGUGAAUGGGAUGCAGCCCCAGGGUGUCCCUGAUAGAUCCAGUGUCCAGUCUGAUGAAGUCUGGGUGGGCGUGGUCUACGGGCUGGCAGCCACCAUGAUCCAGGAGGGCCUGACGUGGGAGGGCUUCCAGACAGCUGAAGGCUGCUACCGAACAGUGUGGGAGCGCCUGGGCCUGGGCUUCCAGACCCCAGAGGCAUACUGCCAAAAGCGAGUGUUCCGCUCUCUGGCCUACAUGCGGCCACUGAGCAUCUGGGCCAUGCAGCUGGCUCUGCAGCAGCAACAUAAAAAGGCCUCCAGACCAAUAGCUGAACAAGGCACAGGACUAAGCAAAGGGUCUAAACUCGGACCAAAGGGAGUCAUGGCAAACCCAAGUCCAGAGUGAACCCCUGAACUAUGGGAGGGAAGCACUAACAUAAAUCCCACCUGGCAUUUGCUCUUCCCCAUCAUCCCAGUCUUCUGCAACCCUGAGCCACUAGGACAAUCAUGCUUCCCUUCCCUUCUCCCCACCAGCCACACCAGGAAAGGAGUUGAGGGUAACCCACGCAUCAGAACCACUUAUUUAUUUCCUUAUCCCAUCCCCUCACUGCAUGAAAUGUUCAAGGUCAGUUGAUUCCCCCAGGUCCAUUCAUGGGGUGAUAGACAUAUAUGGGUACAAAUAAAGGACCCAGAAAGAUGGUAAGUGUGGUGUGUUUGAGCCCUAAGGCAUCCUGACAGGGCACAGAAGCUAAAACUAGCCUUCUCUUAUUCCUUUUCAUUUGGCCUCCCAUCUAGCCUGAGUAUCUGCCCUGCAAGAUAACAGAUACAGGGCUGUGGGCAGGGAGCCAUCCCUCUUCUCUUGUGAGAUUUGCAUCCAGGGGAAGGAUGGGACCCAGGCAGGCAAACUUUGAAAAGGGAUCAGGGAGUGGCAAUUUCAGAGGAGGUUCUGUGCCAGGAGCCUGAGGCAUGUGGGAGGGCAGGCAGCAAGAGUUGCCAGGAGCCUGGAGCCCACUGUCUGAGCUAUCCUUUGGUACCUCCGACUGCAGGGCCGACAGCUCCAGCAGAUGAGGGAGGGCACGAAGCUGGCGGGAUAAUACUGAGAAGAAAAGACUCGUUAGAAGCAGGCCAGGUUUCUCCCACUAGUUCACCCAUAAAACUAUCCUCAAGCCCCUCACCUCCAUGCUCAGCUGGCAGGCUCCCCCUGGUGCCAGAGGAGUACAUAGCAGGUGCAAGGGCGAGACAGAAGAAGAACAGUAGGACCUGGAACAGGAGAAAAGGAAAUGUUGAAGAGCUCCGGAUUGCACCCAUCCCUGCACCGGGAAGCAGGAUCUUUCCUUCCAUCACCAUCCUUACCAGGACGCAGGCGCUGCUGCUGUUAGAGAUCUGAGUCACCACGGCCUGCAGUCUCCUCAGCUGGUCCAGGAGGGACCUAGAAGAUGGGACAGUUAGCAGCCCUAGCCUGGCACCCUGAGAUACAAUGAAGCCUUUCUGUAAAGGCCACCCCUCCACCUGUGCACUAGAUCCUCUAAAAAUUUAAUAACAUGUACACCUGUAUACAUGAGAGAGACCUAGAAACAGUAAUUCUCUUUAAGUCCUGUUUUGGCAAAUGACUUCCUCCUCUCUGUGGACAAAGUUCUUCAUUAAAACAAAUACACACCUCUGCCCUGCCCUGCCUUAAACUCCUUUGCAAACAGUCAGUGGUUCUACACUGCCUAAUUAGCUACACACAUAACCCUCACCAGGCAGUCUAGGUUCUCUAUGUUCUGGCUCAACUCACCUAUGUUAGGGUUCCAGCCAAACUGAACUAUGCUGUGUUAUCUCCCUAAAAUGCUCCUUCCCAUCUAUAUUCCCCACCCCAACUCCCAGAAUCCUAUCUAUUAUUAAAUGUCAUCUGCCCCAUGAGGUCUUUCUCUUUUUUUUAAAUAUAUUUUUAAUGAUUUCAGAGAGGGAGAGAGAAACAUCCGUGAUGGGAGAGAAUCACUGAUUGGCUGCCUCCUGCGUGCCCCACACUGGGGAUCAAACCCACAACCUGUGUAUGUACCCUGAGCAGGAUUCGAACUGUGACCUGGUUCAUUGGUCGACACUCAACCACUGAACCACUCCAGUAGGGUCCUCUUGUCUUUCUUGAUACUUAACUUAUCCUUUGUUAUGUGUGAUUUUAUUCCCCAUACUGUGAGCUUCUUACAAUCAAACCAAAUAAGGGCAAAGAAUCAGACUUUGCAUGUGGGAGCUGCCCGGUUGGAAAUCAAGUGUGGAGCAGGGAAAAAGUGAGACAGCGGGAAAAGGGAGUGAUGUUACAGAGAGGUGCUUACAGGUUCUGUUCCUCCAGGAGCUGUACUUUGUUCUGUAGCUCCAGGUUCUGGGCUGUGUAUUUCAAGACCCUGAGGGAAUAACAGGGAUGUGGGAAUAUGGCCUGUAUCCUCUCUUCCAAAGACCUCCCUCUUCCAACUACUGUUCCCCCAGCCCCAGAGUCCCGCUCCCGUUAUACCUGCUCUCUAAACCUCCCACAUACACCUUCUUCUUCCUGCGGCUCUCCUGAGCAGACUUCUUAUUUCGGAUCUUCCUCCGCACUCGUUUCAGGACUUGUUCCUCCAUCUGAGAGAAUAAAAGGAAAGGGGUCUCAGAUCCAAGAGUUGGAAAGUUCAAUCAUCUUCCCAAUGCAGGAAUCCCUUCUACAGCUUCCCUUACCAACAGGCACUUCAGUUCUGGCCCCCAAGGACCAGCUGUUAACACCCUCACAGGCCAGACCAUUUUUAACAAUUUUAUUGAUUAAAAAUCCUAUCCUGAGCCAACACCUGCCUUCCAUCCAUUACACUUACCUAAUACCUAAUCUCUGGGGCCAUACAGAAAAAAUUAAUGAUCCUUAGCUAUUUUAAGGCACUCAACAUUUCCUCAGUUAAUCUGGACAAGAAUUUAACUCGUUUAUCUCCUCAGAAUAGACCACAUCCUUUUAACAUCUGGGCUCAAAAGUGGACACUAAGAUGUGGUGUGGCCAGUAUAAUGAAGAACAAGAUAGGAACCGCCCUUCUAAAGGCAAUAGCUCUGUUGAUACAGCCUCCAAACCCCAUUCAACUUCUUAGUACCGGUAGACAUAAUACUACUAAUGCACUAACACUUUUGAAAUCUCUCUUAAAGAGAACAGGGAAAUUGGUGUAAGCUCCACAAAACCAGGAUCUGCCCCUGCAUCUAGCAUAUUAACUACAUCCCCCAGUUUCCUAUUAACAGCAAAUUUGCUAAGUUUCUCACUUCAGUCCCUUUUCAAGUUACUGAUAAAAUUAACAACUGGCCUAUUUGGGACUCACAACCCCCCUCCAGCCUUUACUGAACCAAUGGAAGUCCUACCUUAGUGAGAGGCAGUGUUUCAGGCAGAGUAAGCCCCUCCUGCUCCAACAGCCUCUUUUCCUCAUCUGUCAGCAUCAGCCCAACAAUCUCCUGGGGUUAGGAAAGGUGGGCAGCAGAGUUGCAAAGGGAUGUCAGAGAGGAAUGAGGAAUCCGGCCCCACCUCUGUAAUGUGGGAAUAAUCCUCCUGUAAAUCAAAGUACCUGCUCUGCCGGGUCCUCCACGUGCAGUGGCGUCAUCUGGAUCUCCUCUUUUCCACAGCUCCCACUAGCUGCAAAAGGGAAAGUGAAUAGCCAGGCCCACGAAUCCUCUCCUUCCCCCCAAACUUUACUAUUUCAUGCUCACCUAGAUCUAUGGAAACAUGUUCUUGUGAGAGAGAGUAGGUGUGGUCGUGGUGGACAAGGCAGGGAUUAGAGUCGCCAAAAAUAGUCAACGAGUCUGAGGGACUCGGCAGGGAGUUCAGGAAAUCCUCUACGUCCCAAUCGCUCAGUGUCUGUACAGGGUUCAAAUGAACAGUUCUUGACCUAUAUCACCACCCUUGCCCCACGAACACCCCAGCCCGCGCCAACCGGACUCAGAGCCCCCACCCACCUCAGAAAGCGGCAACUCCCAGUCCAGUGGAGCCUCCGAGGCCUCCUCGGGCGCCGCCCCCAAAUCUCCGCUUUCCUCUAGCAGGAAGCCCAGCAGGUCCCGUUCACCCGGGUCCAACGCCAGCUCCAUAGGGGAAAUCUACUCGGGGGGUGGGGGGGAGGAGGGGAAGAGGACAUAACACAGGAGUUCCCCCCUCCACCUGGCCCCAACCCCGAAUCCCAUGCACAAUACCCACCGGCUGUCAGACGGCCCCACCUAUCCGCUACUCCCUCUUCAGCCAGCUUUCCACCGCCUCCCCGUCUCGGUUUUCCGCAGCUUCCAACACAGCGGAAGUGACGCGCGGGCCCCCGAGGCAUUCUGGGACUUGAAGUUCCCGGGAACGCGGAAGUGGGCUACGUGCGGCGCCACGUCCCGGGAGCUAUGCAAAUAGAGAGGACGUCCCUGCCGCUGCCGCACACCCCGAGGGCGGGCAUUCUGGGCACCUGGCUCCGCCUUCGCCCCGGGCUAAGGAAACGGAGGAUCAGAGGCUAAAGGGGAACUGGAGCGCAGCUGGAGCGCGCUUUUCCUCCCGGGCUGCGCCGCGCCCUUGCUUCCUGCUGGCGGAGGUGGCCGCUGGUCUGUGGGAUCCCGAGCAUCGAGAGCCGGAGCCAGAGCAGCUUCCUGCAGCUCCCGCAACCAUAGAGCGCGGGCCCAGGGCGCCGCCCACGGGUGGGGGACGUUCCGGGGACGGAAGUGGCCUAAGACAGAGCCGAAGGGAGGGCGAGGCCGGAUCCUGAGAGUCCCCGGGAGAACGAGCCGGCUAGCGGGCCGGCGGGCGGGGCGUAAGCCAGGCAGCGCAGGUACCUGUGCUUCAGCCAGCCUGUCUACUCACUUCCCCGAAUGCUCCUACGUGAUUUCCUGCUUCUUCACCUUUGCUUAUGCUAUUCUCUCUGCCUGGAAUGCUGCCCCUGACUCAUCGGCGGCGGCUGGGAUAGUGGAGAGCUUGGGCUUUGGAGGCAGAGAGACCCGGGUUCGGAUCGUGGCUUCACAGCUUAGGUGUGUGACUUUGGACAAGUACCUUGAACAAGCGUUGCACGUCUUCGAACCUCAGUUUCAUAACCUGUAAGAAUGGAAAUAAUGACACCUACCUUGCAGGGUUGUUGUAAGGAUUGAAUGAAAUGUGUACAAAGCAAUGGACAUAUAGUAAAUAAAAAGACAGAUCACUGA